AUGCUCUUGAUUCUCUUGCUCACAACGUUUAUUCCCAUUCUCCUCGCUCAACCCUCCCCUCAGGCACCGCAACCAUCCAUUCUAUGGUCUCAGUUUUCAUGCAACACCGUCAAGGUCCGCAAAGAGUUUCGCGAAUUAACUGAACAAGAGCGGGUAGCCUACUUGUCGGCUGUCGUGUGUUUACGGGAGACACCUAGCUUGCUCCGAGUUCCAGACAGUCGUUCCGUGUAUGAUGAUUUCGUUCAUGUUCAUAUGCAGAAUGUGCCUGCCGCUCAUAACACGGCAGCCUUUCUCCCCUGGCACCGCAUCUUUCUCAGCAUCUACGAACACGCCUUGACAGCCCUCUGCAACUACACCGGCCCUUUUCCAUACUGGGACUGGUCCUACGACUCCCAAUCCCCGCAUCUCUCCCCCCUCCUUUCUCCAACCUACUUUGGCGGCAACGGAUCCCCAUCCUCCAAUUACUGCCUCACAACGGGCGUAUUCGCAAACUCGACCGCCGUUUUUCCAGACCCUCAUUGCCUCCAACGCCAAUUCCGCAAUGGAAGCGAAACAGAUGGUGACAUGAUGGGCGCCCAAUACAGUCCCAUUGAAAUGGAAUGGAUCGUCGGACACACCACGUUUGACGCCUUUCGAAGAACACUGGAAGCUCACCCCCAUAAUAACGUUCACAAUUCCUUUGGAGGGGAUUUAUCUGGGUUGAGCACAUCCGUAAAUGACCCCAUUUUCUGGCUCCAUCAUACGAAUUUGGAUCGAUGGUGGGUGAUUUGGCAAAAGCUUCAUCCGGAUGUGAAUUCGACUUUUACUGGGAAUGUGGAUUCGGAUAACCCGGAUGCGAAUGAUGCGAGUGUAAGGGAUGUUAUGCGGUACUAUGGAAUGGUCCCGGAUGUGGCGGUUGCGGAUACGUUUUUGACUGAGGGGGGUGCGAAUGGGUUGUUGUGCUACAUGUACUCUACCUCCAUCGCCCCACCCAACAUCACGGACCCCCUCCUCCAACACCCCGUCCCAGACGACUCUCUCCCUUCACCACGGCCCCCUACCCGUCUCCUCCCCCGGCGCCCUCGCACCCUCCACAGACGCCUCACAACCCCCCUAAAACACCACACACCCCUCCCACAAACCUUUCUCUCAAAAAUGUACAAACCGCCCCAAAUCGCUAAAAUCCGGUCCGGCGAAACCCGCAUCGCAUCCUUUAUCGACACUAUCAAUUCCCUGGGUUGGGUAUCUUAUGCUGCGGAUGGUAUAUGGUCUGUUGAUGCAUGUGAGUUUGGGGAGGUUCAACAGUGGAGGGAGGGUGCUCGUGGGGUUUUGGAGGGUGUUGUGGGUGUUGUUGGGCGGGUUGGUGAGGGGGUUGAUGAAGAGUAG